UCCUCCAUGUUGGGCCGUAUUAUACACAAGUAUUUGGCCGUGUGUUGCCACACUGCUCUACAAGUUUUAAAAGAAGUAAAGUUAAUAAUUAUAAUAGUCAUUAUAGAUAUUAAGAGCAUUCCGCCAAGAUCUAUUCCCAUCAUAACCUAGCCUACAAGAAACUAAAAUAUUAUUGGUUAUUAAAUUAUAUAUAGUAAAUGUUUCCUGUUAUCAACUUGUGUGAUUACUGCUGGCUCUUAGGCUAUAUUGACCAAUAUUUUAUAAUAGUAUUAUUUUCAGUGAUUACCCUAUUAUUAUUUACAAUUCUUUCAUUGUUGAUUUGAUUUACAAACCUCACAACCAAAUUCCUAUUCUGGUAAAAAAUUUCUUGCAGACUCCUAGUAAAAUUCACGCUUUUAAGAACUUUAAAGUUGUGGAUGGAGUACCUUGUAUUUGUAUAUAUAGUGGUAAUUUUUAAUUUUUAAUUUAUGUAUUUUUUGUUGAAGUGCCCUAUACCCUGUCCAGUGUUUUUACGUUCUUUUUUACACGCUCAUUUUGGAGGCACCCACCAAUAAGUUAGAACAGUAUUCGGGCCAGAUUUUACCAGUAGGGAGGCUUUGGGGGUCGGAUGUUAGCGCUUUCUAGCUUCCUAGGAGGGCCCUAAAUAUUAGUGGAUAGAUUUUGGAUGCGAGUGGGCGAGGGCGGAUACUACAUGUAGCGGUCGGGGAUGUUCCAAAGUCUCGGUGAUGGGCCGAAGGUGGAAACAAAUGAAAUGGCAUAGGUCUUAGCCAGGGGUUUUUGUUCUGUCUUGUCUCGGUGAAUAUGAAUAUGGGUACCGUACGAUGCAAUGGAGAGCAGUCGUCCGAUUUCGCAAGCCGAUUCAGGUGUCUAACAGUGUACAGUGAAACCUCCGAUAACUCCACCCUCCGAUGUUUCCAGGUCUCCGGUAUUUCUAUCAUUUGUCGGGGACAGGUUUUGUUCUAUGGGCUUUCCUCCUCUAAGUUCUAGGAUUCUAUUAGUUCCUCUUUCCAGGCGGUAAAUGGCUCCUAAAUUCCAGGUUUCAUGUGCAUAAAAUUCUUUUUCAUGUCACCUCCAGGGCAAAGCUGUAGACAAAUUGCCAGAUAACUAGAUAGUGAGUUGAAUGGAUAUGCGUGUUUUUAGAAUAAAGGGUCAUCAGAUGGGAGGGGUGUAUUAUUUUUCUGGAGUGUAAACAUAUGGAGUUAAACCCUAUACGCUUUCAUGAACUAUCACUCAUUUUUCUCUCAGCACUGCCCUCUAUUCUGCCAAGCCUUUCCUCUAUUUUCCAUCCCCCCUCUACUUCCAGGGAGUCCAGUCUCCCCACGUCCUGGAGAUAACGGGGGUUUCACUGUACAUGUAGAGGCCGCAUGUUGCCAUGGAGGGCAUUACGGGUAGGGGUACUGUACUACGGUAGUACAGUACUUGACAACGGGAGUGUGGGUUAGGGUUUGUAUGGAAGAUGCGGCUCAGGUAGAGUAUUUUCAGUAACGUGUGUGGUACUGAAACAGUGGCGGACGAGUAUCUUGGAGCACAUGAUUGUUAGCCCCGGCUUACGAAUUUCUCCGAUACUGGGUCUUCACCCACAAGAUUAACUAUCCUCCCUUUGCACCUUCAACGCGACAUCAUCACCAACGAGUUUGCGGAGAAGAUAUUAUCGGUUGCCAAACCAAACGAUCUCCCCUCACUCACGGACCUACCCCUCUAGCGAAAAAGGUAAGUCGUCGCUCCCAGUCGGGAUCAAGUGGAUGCCACACUCACUCUAUAUCUUCGCGACUCCAAUAGAAUUGUGAUUUAGCACAAUCCAUAGAUCGGGAUGCGUGUAAAAACGAUGGGAACAGGGUAUCGGCCUUCGAUCGUUUGCUACUCGAUAUCGCCGACCGAAAGCACCCCACCUUGUUUUUAAGAAAAGAAAACAAAAACACGUCGCGCCCGAUGCACCUACGAGUACGGUACCGGCAUCGUUGGCUGUUGAGCGGGUGGCGGGGGUUGGCUCGGUGCUCUAAAUCCGGCGUGGCGCAUUAAAUCCCCAAGGGCCAAUUCAUGGCAAGGGCACCACUACCGUAACCCAUUAAGAGGAUCUACAACAGGCUCUCUAGGUGCAUGAUGUGCGGGGUUAUGCAUCUGGUACUCGUACGGGUACGGUACGGUAGAAACUUGUCAAAAGUGAAGUUGACACGUAUGUAGGGGGUUCACUUCUGGUGUUCACCUACGGUACCGGACAACGGACAUCAACACUUGAUACGAUUAUUGGCGCUCGUUCGGCCCCUACCCUGAUUAGUUAUAUGAUACGGCACUGAUGCGGUACGGACUGGAUCAUGACUUGCUACGAGUACGGUUACACAAGCCCAGGUGCCCAGGCUAUUCGUACGGCAACAGAUUCGGCAAUGUUCGUCCUAUCCCUCUCCGAUUACUAGCGGGAUGAUCGAGCUCCCAGAUUGGGCAACGCACCGGUUCCAAAGCUCCUCUUCCCGCUUCCAAGACGAUGUGUAGGGGCUUCGGCAGCCACCGGGACAACUACUGAGUAAUCACUAACCACACGGGUUUCUGCUCCCACGGCUAAAUGAAUAUUGAAUCUCACGAAUCAGUACGGAAAAAUAAUCACCCCCAAGAUAAAUUAUAUGGAAAUGAAGGAUGGUGCUUCGAGCGAAUUUGUUUGGGGUGCGGAGUUUCCCCGGAAAUGGUCACGUGAGGUCGAUAUGUCGAUUCGGUUAGAGUGUUGCUGGUUGGUUAAGUUUAAUCCCCCUGGCAGACUUGGAUUCUGUGCCCCAUCAAGCCAUUUUCCACCGCCGCCUGGGCGCGUCUGAGGGAAUGGUGAGAGCUAUCCUCCCAACCCCCAGCAAAACACUGCCGGUGUUCUUUCGUUCCCAGCAGCAAGAUGAUCAACCUGAUUGAGGAGAUGAUCCAGUUGUUGUUUGAUGGCCUCGCACGUGUCCUCAGGCCCCCCGUGGCCUGUCCUCCGGGCUGACAAAAUGAACAACUGAUCUAUAGUAUGAUACCGUACACUCUGCGCAUGCCGCUUGAGAAUUCUGCGGAAAUGGACCGGCGGCACGCAAUACUCGAGUACAUACCUUACUCCUUUUCUAACCCUCACCGAGCCCUCUACUUUGUCCUCAUCCCCUACCUUCCCUAACUCGCUCUCCCAAGCACUCGCGGAGAAGAUACAAAAACCACGAAAUGCUGGCGCCACUUGUCGUACUCCCCCCAGAGCUCCUUGUCGAAGUCCUACAAUCCCUCCCGGACUUCGCCACCCUACACGCUUUAACCCUCGCCCACCCACGCUUCAAUAGCGUCCUCCAUGCAAACCCAUCAACAAUAUGCACUUCCAUAGCAGAAUCCGAUUUUGCAGAAAUAUAUCCCCUCGCCCUCUCCGUUCUCCCAUCGCCGACACCCCCGCAAGCAAUCGGGAUCGCAGAGGCCUCCGAACUUCUAUAUAGCCGAUCAACCUGCCAGAAACUUGUCGACGCCUGGGGAUGCUCGCUUCUGGAAGUGCUCGGCUUCACGGACGGGUACGGAGCGCCUGUAGUGACGCAGAUGCAGAGACACCGAAUCCUCACGGCGGCUUAUCGCUUUUGGCGGGUCGUUCAUGAAGCAAACUACAUUUCGGAGUUGGACGACCUCGCGAUACUUGAGAUGGUGGAGUUUGUGGAGUUAUUAGGAGACCUACGGAUAUUCGAAAGAAUGGGUGAUCGGGUGGAGGUCGUCACGGCAAAGGAUUCGCUGCAAGAUCGUGCGAAGCAAUCUGGUUUGAAAGUGUGUGUUAUGGAUCUUCAGUUGGUUAGAGAGUGGUUCGGGGAGUAGACCAGCGGGUGGAGUGGCUUGUUUCCUUUAUUGUUUUUUUUGACAGAGGCAAAUUUACGGUGGGUGGACGGAUAGAAUGUAACACUAUCGCUAAUCGCACUUUACAUAUAAAUUUACCACGGGCUUUCCGUGAUGUUGAAAG